AUGAACGAUAUUGACAGCGGCGUGGCCAAAGGUGGCACCCUCCUGUUUACCUUCAAGCCUCUCGAUCGUAUUGGGCUGAAGCAGAAGAAGGUUGCUUGGAAGGUUAUUCCGUUCGCGGCAAACGCCAAAAAAAGAGCCCAAGUAGAAUAUGUGAAUCAGUUGGCAUUCAUUGCCCCUCAGGUCUCUGGCGGUAACCGCAUCGACCCAUCUACCUACGAAGCAGUGAACGUUGGUGAUGCAGUCAGCUAUGAUCUUGACGGGGAUGGACAACUCGUUAUCAACGAGGCCGACGACCUCAAGAGGCCUGACUUUAUUACCGCGAGGAACAACACCAGAAAGAUUCAAGAUAUCGCCAUCGGCCUCCAGCCCAAACCGAGGAAGGAUCCCGAGCCCAUCCUGUACUUUCCUAAAGUUGGGAAUACGACAAUGGUCGUCGCCAAGUAUCAUCCCAUCCUGCGUGCCUAUAUGACCUCAGACUACCAGGAAAGCGAGGUAAUCUCGGGCGAGAUUCAGACGGGUUUGAUGUGGGAGAGAGAUCUUUCUCAGCUUCCUGAUACCUCGAGCUGGAUACUCACAUAUGAUGACGACUCUGGCAUGUACAACCUCGCACCAGACGAUGAUAAUUAA